UUUAUUAACUGGGUCUCCCACACGCUGCUGGGCCGCCCCUCAAGGGGCUCCACGCACUCCGCCUUUGCCAUCUCCCGCAUGGCCUCCCAAUCCGCCCCGGGCCUCGUACCCUCUGACUCCCGAGCCAGCGCCGUAGGCUCGGCAGCGGGGGCCAGGCCCGCGUUUGCCCGGUCCGACACUUUUUUUCUGCGGGAGAUGAGGGCGUCUGAACUGCUGGGGAGGGCCGUGGUGGCACCUGAUAAUGGCUACCUACUGCUGUGGCAGCAGCUCAUCCUGGCGCUCUCCUUCUACUCCGCCUUCAUCACGCCUCUCGAGUUCUCCUUCCUGCCCGUCCUGCCGCCCGGCCUUGCCAUAGCGGACGGCGUCGUGAGCAUCUUUUUCCUCGGCGAUCUGAUUCUCACCUUCUUUGUCGCCUUCAAGGACAGGAAGACCCAGAGCUACGUCUGCGACCACUGGAGCAUUGCCACCAGGUACCUAUGCACGUUUUUCAUUGUGGACCUGCUUGCUCUCUUCCCCUGGGACACCUUCUUCCAGCUGGCAGGAGGGGAGGCGGGCGACAACUUGCUGAGGUGGUUCCUGUGGACCCGUGUCGUGAGGACGCGGCAUAUCAUGAACUACUUUCACAGACUACAGCGCGACAUCCAUGUGAGCUACUUCGCAGUGCGAGUGGUGAAGCUCAUAUUCAUCGAGCUCUACAUCACGCAUGUGGCCGGCUGCUUCUUCUACUUCCUCGCCACCACCUACCCUCCCGACCAGGAGGGCAGCACGUGGAUGGGCAGUUUAACGUUGGGUGACCUGACGUACAGCAACUUCCGGGAAAUGGACCUGUACACGCGCUACUUCACGUCGCUCUACUGGUCUGUCAUCACCAUGGCCACCAUUGGGUACGGAGACGUGCAUCCGGUGAACCCGCGCGAGAUGGUGUUCGCCAUGGCCUACAUCUCCUUCGACCUUGUGCUCUCCGCCUACCUUGUUGGCAACAUCACGGCGAUGGUGGUGAAGGGGUCCAACACGACACGGUACCGUGAGAAGAUGUCCGCUCUCAUCAAGUACAUGAACCGCAACCACCUGCCACAUGCUCUCAGGCAGCAGAUGAGGCAGCACGUGAGGCUGCAGUUUGAGACGGAGCAGGUGGAGGACGAGGUGAUGGAGGAGUUUCCUCUCAGCAUCCGCCACAAGGUGGCGCGCGCCCUCUACCAGCGCGCCGUGGAGGCCUGCUACCUCUUCCACGGGUGCUCGGGGGAGUGCAUCAACCAGAUCGUAGCGCGCGCCACCCCCGAGUACUACUACCCGCUGGAGGUGCUCAUUCAGAAGAACGACGCCGCAGAGCACAUGUUCAUCGUCUGCUCCGGCACCGUCCAGGAAGCUUCCUGCGUGUACGGCGAGGGGACGGACGACGAGCACUGGGCGACCCUCACAGCCGGCAAUAUGUGUGGGGAGGUGGCGCUGCUGUGCAACAUACUGCAGCCCUUCACAGUCACGGCCAAGGAGCUCUGCCAGGUGCUGCGCAUCGACCGCCAGUCCCUCUCUAUAGUCACAUCGCUCUUCAUCGUGGAUGGCCGCCGCAUGGUGGACAACCUGCUGCAGCGGUCGGAGGAGGCGGGCAGCAAGUUUGAAAGUCUGGCGGCGGAGAUAGAGGCGCUGGUGGCGGCACAGGAGGCGGAUCUGACAGUGAGCACCAUCUAUGCCGCGUGGACAGGGGACAUGGCUCAGCUGCAGCAGCUGCUGGCAGCCGGGGCCAAGGCGGAUAGGGCUGACUACGAUGGUCGCACCCCUCUGCACCUGGCAGCGGCGGGGGGGCACAACGACCUGGUGCGCUUGCUGCUGCUGGAGGGCGCGCAGGUGAGCGCGGUGGACAACUUCGGCACCACGCCGCUGCUCGAGGCACUCAGAGCGGGCCACGAUGAGACCGCCGCCAUUCUGGCCAGCAAGGGAGGCACCGUGGGGCUGCAGGAGGCCGGGCCAGUGCUAUGUGCAGCGGUGGCAGCAGCGGACACGGACCUGCUGCAGCGCCUGCUGUCCCAUGGGGUGCAUCCCAGCGCCUCUGACUACGACCAGCGCUCCCCGCUGCACAUCGCUGCCAUCAAGGGCCACCUGCACGUUGCCCGCCUCCUCGUGGACCACCACGCUGACGUGGCGGCCCGUGAUAGGUGGGGAAGCACUCCAUUGGACGAGGCUCGCCGAUGUGGCAGUCUGCCAUUGGUGCGCUUUCUGGAGGAGGUGGGGGCGCGUCAGGCCAGCCGAGCACACUCUGCCGUCCCUCCAACAGCCGUUGCUGGCGCAACAUCUGCUGCUGCUACUGCUGCUGCUGCUGCCACUGCUGCUGCCACCACUGUUGCUGCUCCACCCCUUUCCCCUCCUACCGCUUCCGCCCUAUCCACAUCUGCCGCCCUAUCCACAUCUCCCGCCCUAUCCACAUAUGCCGCCCUAUCCACAUCUGCCGCCCUGUCCACAUCUGCCGCCCUAUCCACAUCUGUCGCCCUAUCCACAUCUGCCGCCCUGUCCACAUCUGCCGCCCUGUCCACAUCUGCCGCCCUGUCCACAUCUGCCGUCCCAUCCGUCCCAUCCGCGGACUCACCUGACCACGGCACUAACCAGACCACGGGGCAGGCAGCAGGCUGUGAUGCACGUGGGAAGGGUAAGGGGGGGGAGCUUGCAUUGGGGCCAGGUGGCAGUGAAGAGGAGGGUGGGAGGGAGCUUCGUAGGGAGGUGGGUGUGGGAGAGGAGGCGGGGAGGGUGGGUGAUGGGGGGAAGGAGCAGGAGACAGUUGCGCAAGGAUGA